GAUAACUCGGAAUCUAAUCAUGUGAAAACUGAGACACUUGUACCAGAUGACUAGAGCCACUGACGCAACUGACAAAGUCAAGUUUGAGGCAUAAACGGUGUUUUGAAACUUUAGUGGCAUCUGCUAGAUGUUAUCGCAUGGUUACCGUAGUAGCGUGUGAAUCAAGUGAAUCGCAGCUGACUGAUGCCUGUUUCCAGCGCUCCCCAUAAUCUGGAUGCUGUUGACACACCUUCCUAACUGACUGAGUGAUCAGUGGCCGAGACCAACAAGGGGAAGUUUCACAAGCAACAGUAAGUACCAGUACAGUCAAUCAAUGGCUUCUCGAGGGCAACAGGAAACAUCAAAGCUGAGGCAAAACAUGGAAGAACAACUUGAUCGCCUAAUGCAGCAGCUAACUGACUUGGAAGAAUGCAGAGAGGAUCUAGAACCAGAGGAAUAUGAAGAAACCAAGAAUGAAACCCUUGAACAGUUAAAGGAAUUUAAGGAAUCACUGGACAAAAUGGUUGGAGGAAAUCUGAGUCUUGUGGAUGAACUAAAUGGAAUGCAACUGGCUAUUCAAGCUGCAAUAAGUAAAGCAUUCAAGACACCUGAAGUUAUCAGACUCUUUGCGAAAAAACAACCAGGACAGCUUAGACAAAGAAUGGCAGAUAUUAACAGAGAUGCAAAAAUUGGUAAGAUCAGCAAGGAAAUAGCAACGCUGCAGUCUGUGGAAAUAAUGACAGCUUUGAAGAAACUAGGAGAGACUCUAUCACCCGAGGAGGAAUUGUUUCUACAGACCCAUUCAAGUUCAAGUUUAAAAGAAUUUGAACAAGUCUCCAGUAAUUUAGCCUCAGGGGACAAGGUUCUGGCUGUGGCAGGAUCACAAGUUGAAAAAGCAAGCAAAUGAAGCAGAACAAUGCAAUUGCCCAAAUAUUUUGCGAAUUCUUUAUAUACAAAAUGAACUUUAAUUUUUUUAUUGGAAAAAUAUCUCUGCAUCACACAAAGUAAUCCUUGUAUUUUUUAUUUUGAGCACAUUACCAGUAGUUCAACUGGAGAGCAUCCAUUGUCUGUUGUCUGUUUCCACCUCCUGGGCUGUUUGCCAUGUAGCUGAAAUAUGGCUGACAUGGUGUAAGAUGUAACAGCACUUGCUUACUGCUGGGUUGUGGAUCAUCACUGUGAACAGAUUUAGACAGUCAAAAACUGAAUUCAUGCAAUUUCAGUGAAUAAGAUAAAGUCUUCAUUUUAUAUGCCACCAGUGAUUAUUCCUGUUAGGGUUUGUAAGGUCUAAGGUUAUGCUUGUUUAUUAAGUUGCCCACAUUGUCAACAUCUUCUGAAGCUACUUGGUCAAUAGGCCUAAACUUGGCAUGAUUGAUCUCAACUGUAAGUCUCCAAAACAUACCUACUUAGUGCUGCCCUGAAACUGGUAAUUUGAAGUACAGUCGAACCCCGUUUAUCCGGACAUUUUGGUUACACUCGGAAAUCGUCCAGAUAGCGAGGCGUGCGGUUAACUGGAUCAAACAAGCAAAACGCAUUGACAAUGUAUAUUGAAAAUUUAUUCAUAUAUGUAUAUCAAUAAGUCAAUAGUCAAAAACAUAUAAUCAUAACAAUACCAUAUUCAAUAUCACACCAAUAAACUAUCUUUCAGCA